GCUGAGUUAAUCUAAUCUAUUGUUCUCUGGUACAAGCAUACAAGCAAGUCUGUAUUUAAGUUGUGGACAGAACAGUGCCACAAUGCCACAUCACGUAUCGACCCAAAGUUCCACUGUUUCGCGGGUAUUCUAUACAGCUACAAAUAAGAUCUCCGACAUCCAGUACCAUGUCUUUCCAUCGAAGCAACCGUGCGUUAAGAGUCACAUCGCCCAAAAUGAAUGCAGUACCCCUCCCUCAAGGUGCGCACACACCGAAGAACCCAAUCCCGGCUCCAUAUCUAGGGAAACUCGACAUGGACGAAGCUACACUCCGCAAGCUCUCCCGUGCACAGCUGCAAAAGCUAGCUAAAGAAAACAAGGUGAAAGCCAACAUGAAGAGCGAAGUGAUUAUUAAGGAGUUAGUAAAGCUCUGCAAGGUUGUUCUGCUGCAUCAAGAUGAAGAGAGCGAAGAGCCUCCGAGAAAGAAGUCGAGAAAAAGUGAGGAGAAUCCUCCAAUUGCUGGCCCUUCGACCCGAAUCAUAGACGUACCGAUGGACACAAGUCUUGAACAGCUCCCCACCCAGGAAGAUUCUCUCAAAUCUGCGUUGACCACAGAAAACACUGCUCCAAUCAUAGCAGCCGGAAAUGCUGCUGACAUCGCUGCUGAAGGUCCAACGGGAAAGUCGCGAGGCCCUUCACCAGUACUGGAAAGUCAUGCUGGGCACCCAGCUGCGGAGGAUGCCACUAGUGAUUCGGGCUCCGACUUGUCCUACGCAAAUCCGGGUCAGCAGAACUACUAUAAAUCCCCCGUGAGCUCGCGUGCAGGGACGCCUCCGCUCGAAGAACCGAUGAUGCUCAAGCGGGCGGUGAACAUCAUGGACCAGAUCACUGCUGACGACCAACGCAUUAUCGCCCAGAUCGCCACUCUACGCGAAAGAGCAGCGAUGCUAAAAGAGCAGGCAAAGAAGGUGAGGGACGUCGUUCGCGCAGAGCAGGGGCGGCGUGUGAGAUUGGAGGCAUACUUCACGUACUGGAGAGAGAUUUCGCCCAAAUGGCCGAAAGAUUGGAUAUACAAAGAAGGCGAGGAGGAACAGAUCCGGACAGAGCAAAUGCUGAGGACUAUGACACCACCGUAUGCGCUCCGUCGUCCUUCACUUACUUGCAUUUCUGAUCAUUUCUUUUAUAGGUUGCCCUCAAUAGGUCCAUCAGGACCACCCACGUUGCCUUUCGACAAAAGAGAUGCGCCGUGAGUUCCCGUUCGCGGUUCGUUUAUCCAAUCCAGCUGACGGCGGAUAUUAGGGGCGGGCGUAUGGAGUUCAAGUUGAGACGUCAUCAUACGCGGCUACAACAAGGAGCUUGUGAGCAGGGGGGUGGGGCAGCUGCCCCUCCUGCCGAAGUCGAACGGCUGAAUGAAGGUGCCAAUCGCCUGCCUUCGCCACAGUCGAGCACUAGUAGAAGAAUGGCAAAGCGAAAAACUUGCGCUUGAAAGAUU